AUGAGCCAGUCCAGCAUUCUGGACCGACUCUCAGCGCUCGAUACCAACACAGUGUCCGACGCCUUGGAUUUCCUCAGUUUGAAAGGCGCAACAUACGGCUUACAACCGCUAUGGGACUGCCCGAAGAUCGUUGGACGCGCCAGCACAGUGAAAUUGGGCCCGAAAACCGAUGCUGCCCCCACAACCCAUCUCCUCACCCCAGUCAUAGACACAGUAACAACAGACGAUCGCAUUCUCGUCAUCUCCGGCGGCACAGACGGCGUCUCAUGCUGGGGCGAUAUAAUCGCCAAUGCAUCGAAAGUAAGACGUAUCCGUGGAACCAUCAUCGAUGGCAUGAGUCGUGACAUCGACGGGAGCCGCGACGUCGGCUAUCCAGUAUACGGCCGUGGCGUGACGAUGAUCAGCGCGCGUAACCGGCUGGUCCAAGUUGAUUCCGGUAUACCGUUGCAGAUGCGUGGCGUUACCGUGAACCAAGAUGACUAUGUGAUUGCCGAUCGCUGCGGGACGGUGUUCAUCCCAGCGGCGCGCAUCGAAGAGGUUCUGGAUUAUGGCGAGCGGAUCGAUCGUCGUCAGCACCUUAUGGUUCAGGCUGUUCGAGCCGGGCAUCCGGUUUCUGAGGUCAUGCAUGACACGCAAUUCGAAGCUAUUCGUGAGGGGACAGCGCCAUCGAAAGCCGCAGCUACUGUCCCGUCUAAUGGAAAUCCAAAGGAGAGUACACCGUCACCGACAGUUGCGACACCUGCGCCAACAAAUGGAAAUCCAAAGAAAGCUAGCGCCGAGGAUCAAGAGCUCGUGGCGCUGUUUACCGAUAAAGAUACCCCUGCUGUCUCCGAUGCGCUUGAUAAACUGGGCAUUUCUGGACAGGCGUUCGGGAUUAUGCCUUUGACCAAUUACAACAAGGUAACCGUCGGGCCAGCCUUCACUGUGCGCUAUGUGCCUGCCAGCGACCCGCCUGGGAGCGUUGGUGAUUUCAUCGACGAUGUUGCGGUAGGCGAUGUCGUGGUCAUCGACAAUGGUGGUCGUACGGAUUGUACCGUUUGGGGCGAUAUCAUGACUCAAUAUGCCGGUAUACGGGGUAUUGCUGGAUCGGUUAUCGAUGGUGUGUGUCGCGAUGUGACCUGUGCGAUCAACAAUGACUACCCGCUCUUUACGGCUGCGCGUUGGAUGCGAACCGGGAAGGAUCGUGUCCAGGUGGGAGACGUCAACCGGCCGAUCGGUAUCGGCAAAGUACGUGUGGAACCGCGUGACAUUGUUGUUGCCGAUGCAAAUGGUGUUGUUGUUGUGCCUCGAGCCCGUGCCCGUGAGGUGGCUGAAGUUGCGCGGCGGGUUGAGAAAAGCGAAGCUGGUAUCCGGGAAAUGAUUGCUGGUGGAGCUACGAUCUCUGAGGCGAGAGAGAAGCUUGGUUAUCAUACGCUACAGCGUAAGGAGUAA